GGAAUGCGUUAGGUCUAUGCCCGCCGCUCGCAGCCGGAUGGGCAGUGCGCACGCGCAGCAGCCAUUUUGGAUUUGGAACCCGGCGGAGGCAUAGUGCAACUGAGAAGCAACAUGUCUCGAAGAUAUGAUUCCAGAACGACAAUCUUCUCCCCAGAAGGUCGCCUGUAUCAGGUUGAAUAUGCUAUGGAAGCCAUUGGACAUGCAGGCACCUGUCUAGGAAUUUUAGCAAACGAUGGAGUAUUGCUGGCAGCGGAACGACGCAACAUUCACAAACUUCUGGAUGAAGUCUUUUUUUCAGAAAAAAUAUACAAGCUCAAUGAGGACAUGGCGUGCAGUGUUGCUGGCAUAACGUCAGAUGCCAACGUGCUAACCAAUGAACUGAGGCUGAUUGCGCAAAGGUAUCUGUUGCAGUACCAGGAACCCAUUCCGUGUGAGCAGUUGGUAACCGCCCUGUGUGAUAUCAAGCAAGCUUACACACAGUUUGGAGGAAAACGUCCUUUUGGUGUUUCUUUGCUGUACAUUGGCUGGGAUAAGCAUUAUGGGUUCCAGCUGUAUCAGAGUGAUCCUAGUGGAAACUAUGGAGGAUGGAAGGCCACCUGCAUUGGAAACAAUAGUGCUUCGGCUGUGUCAAUGUUAAAGCAAGACUACAAAGAGGGAGAAAUGACCUUGAAAUCUGCACUUGCUUUAGCUGUCAAAGUCCUGAAUAAAACCAUGGAUGUUAGUAAACUCUCAGCAGAGAAAGUUGAAAUUGCAACCCUGACCAGAGAGAACGGAAAGACGUUAAUAAGGGUGCUAAAGCAAAAAGAAGUGGAAGUGUUGAUAAAGAAACACGAAGAAGAAGAAGCCAAAACAGAACGCGAAAAGAAAGAAAAAGAGCAGAAGGAAAAAGAUAAAUAAAUCAAUCAUCUUGAAAGUGAGAGAGGGCCCACUUCAAUAAACGAAUACAGCUUCUCACUACAUAUAUGCUGGUAGAGUGAAUAUUGUUUAUUGAAUUGGUUCCUUUAUGCCUCUGAAACAAUUUAGCCCUGCUUGGUGUAUUACAAUGUUUCAGUUCUUCUCAUGUCUGUUUCUUUUUAUUACAUAAUAAAAAAAUAUUAAAAAUG